AUGCUUCAAAGGUUUCGCGUUUCUGCCUUACUUCUGGCCGUUUUCCUUCUGAAUCCCACAGAAUCCGCCAUCGAAUUGACUCGUGGUGGAUGUGGAGAGACGAAAGGAUGUCUAUUCAGGCCUUCCGGGUGUGAUCCAAUGGUCGAUUGCACGAUAGGUAUGUUGUUUUAGGUAAUAAAGUGAAGUUUAAGGUGUGUUACCUAAAAAGUGUCAUAACUUUCUUUACAGGCAUUGAAAUUGAAAAAAAUUUUUUGGAUAGCUUAAAAACGCCAAGAACUUUCUUUACAGAGUAAAAGCUGGUAUAAAGGUUAAGAAGUUUCGUUAUUUUCAAAUUAUAUUGUUUUAGGUAUGAUCUUCUACGUAAGCGGACCAAACGAGUUGACGGUUCAAUUAACUGCCACUUCUUUGAUGCCACAACCUCAACUACAAUAUAUUGCUGUUGGUUACAGUCACGACAGCACUAUGGUAUGUUUUUGAAGGUUUUAUACGCUGAUUUAGAGAUCAAAGGUAACAGGUGGUCUAACUUAAUAUUUUUGGUGUUUUUUAGUGGAAAUUGAUGCUUAUUGUUGUGUGAGGUGUUAUACUAAGGUAGAUAUAGGUCUUUUGAAGCUUUUUUGAUAUGAAUGUUUAGGUAGAUAUUAGGUUUUUACAAGAAACCAUCAAAAAGUAUAUUAUCCAUAGGGUUCAAGUGCCUAAAUUAAGGUUUUUUGGUUGUUUGAUGUGGAAAUUGAUGUUUUAUUGAAAAUCAAAGGUUGGCAUUAGCUAAAGGAGUUUUUUUUAUUACUUUCAGUCUAAAAUGUCAAGGAUAACAUUUAGUUUUCACAUCAAAAAAUUAAAAUAUUGUUCACGAGGUCUGGUUUUGAUGUCUAUAUCAAGGUGUUUUGAUGUUUUAAACUAAAAUUUGAUGUUGUGUCUUUGGAAAAGGACUUUUUUUUGAUAGAGCAGUAAUUUUUUAGUAAUAAUUAUCAAAAAUAUUGAGGAUAAUAUCAAGUUUUCACAUCAAAAACACAAAAAGAAGUUAUGUUAUCUAUGAUUUUCAGGGAGACGACUAUGUUGUUGAAUGUGUUCUAAGCCCGAAAGGUGGAUCAUUUAAUGAUGUUGAGGUGUUUACGUCGUACAAUGAAGGCAAAUCUAACGAUAGGACGUACUUGAACUCGGUAGGUUUGAAUAAAUAAUGGCAGAGCUUGAUUUUUACUUUGUUUUAGGCUUGAAGAGACCGUUUUUUAGGUAAAAUUUGAUGGUUUUAGCCUUAUAGUUAGCUUAAAGUGAUAAAGUGUUACUUAAAUUUCUGUUAUUGAACCAUUUUUAACCAUUACCUCUAAUAUUUUCAUCUUUUCAGACAGAAAACGCCAUCCUCUUUAGCCAUGUCGAAGGUCAAGUUGUGGAUGGUCGGAUCUCGUGCCAGUUCAGUCAACAGAUCGUCCCACAGAUGGAGUCGAAGAAUGGUCGGAUUUGGUCGUUGAACUCGAAAUACUACAUUUUCGGAGCCACCGGGUCGGCACAACCUGACGGUAAGUAUUUUGAGAGAUAUUGCGAUUAAAGGGACAUGUUAUACGAUGAAAGGUGGUUUCACUGUGAUGUAAAAUACGGAAACUAGAAUCGUGUUAUUAUAAAUGGGUUUAAACUAGUACUGAGAAGACAUUUUAUACGAUAAAACAUGCAUUUUUUUGUAAAAGCGGCAUGUUAUACGAUCAACAUGUUUCUUACGUUUCUAUAUUGUAUGAUACAAAAAUAGGCUUAAAAUUAGCAUAAAUGGGCUUAAGUGGUACUGAUAGGACACUUUGUAUCAUUUAAAGUGACAUUUUUGUCAAAGCGACAUGUUAUACGAUGAAACCUGUUUUUAAGUGGUUCCUAUAAAUGGUCAUAAAAUUAGCAUAAAUGGUUAAAAAUAGUACUAGAAUGGCAGUUUAUGGGCUUAAAAGUGCUCUUUUGUCAAAAUGACACGUUAUACCCUCAAAAAUGUUUUCCAGUUUACUAUUACGUAACAUUCCAAAUUACCACAUAAAAUUUGCAUAAACCAUUAAAAACAACAACAACCAAGCCUAAACCUCACGUUGUUCAGAAAUCAACGCGCACGACACGAGUCACGGCUCAUUCUACUACCCCAUCAUCUCCAACCGCGCCAUCAACCCGGCGUUGAUCGGCGAACGGGUCUACGACCUGCCCGAGCCCUUCCCCGAGCCCAAAAAACCAAAAACCGCAGAAAACGUGGAAAAAACGACCGAAAAAGCGCCGGAAAAUGGGUCAGCAACGUUAAUUGUGGCCGUGCCGACACUGUUCUUGCUGGCAUUGGCCUAUCUGAUUGUUUAG